GCUGCAGGGGCUGGUACGGCAGCGCGCCCGCCGUCUCUUACAGCAGCUCCGGUAAAGGCGGGGUUGGGUCUUCUGCAGCCGCUGCUGCGCUGCCCUCUCCCCACAGCAGCGCUUGGGCAGCUAAUGCCAGCAGGCACGAGAGGGGCUGUUUGAUCCGCCUCGGCUCUGUGAGCGCGACCGUCCCGGGUAGGGAAAGAUGGCGACUGCUGUCCAGAAACGGAGAAUCCAACUAACUGGAUUUAAGAAACAAGAAAAGGAGGCUAUAGUUGAAUUACUACUUACACUGGACUGUGUUUUUAUUGAUACUGAGCAAUACAGAAAUUGCACACAUCUUAUAGCAAAACAGCUUUCCAAGAGUGAAAAGUUCUUAGCAGCUUGUGCAGCAGGAAAGUGGAUACUAACUAAGGACUACAUAAUUAAUAGUGUUGAAAGUGGCAGAUGGCUUGAUGAAACAACUUACGAAUGGGGAUAUAAAAUUGAAAAAGGCUCCCAUUAUUCACCUCAAAUGCAAUCUGCACCUAAAAGAUGGCGCGAAGAACUAACAUGCUCUGGUGCUUUAGGGGCCUUCCACAGAUGGAAAGUUAUCCUCCUUGUGAAAGAAGGUGAUAAACGAAGGGAUUCUAUCACAAGAGUUCUAGAAGCUGGAAAGGCAAUUAUAUAUCCACCACAAAAGGAAGUGAGAGCUGUUACUCAUGUAUUCACUGAUAAUAAAAGUGUCAGCAUAGAGAGAGAGAAACAUCUCUUUGAGGCUCCAUAUUAUCCUGUGCAAUACAUAGGGGAUUAUCUUUUUGAGAAUGAAAUACAAAAUAUUACUGAAGAUAACCAGAUGAAUCAUCUUUUAGCUGAACAAGAAGCCAGAGAUACAAUGUCUGACAUGCAACUUGUUGAAAUGAAAAAUGCAUUAAUAAAGCAUAUAUAUUUUGCUCAGACUGUGAAACAGAAGUCUACUCAAAUAGACCAACUGAGUGGAUGUGGUACAGAAGUUAAAACUAUUGACCUCUCCAGAGGUAUAUUGUGUAUACUUGAAGGACUAGUAGAAGGACAUUUCUUUACUGAUGUAAUCACAGAACUUGCUGCUACUCAAAAAUACUCCAUCCCUCCUGUGCAACUUCUUCAUUCUCUUCUAGAGCAUAUGCUACAGGGAAAUACAGACACAGUAUUCUCUGCUAAAUUUUUUCACAUCUUGUAUAUUCUUCUUCAACUUGAUCCUCCUUGGAAGUCUCCCUCGAUGUUAAGAUAUUAUCUGGAAUUUCUUCAGUGUCCUAUUUGCAUGAGAGGAACAUGGUCUCUGGUAGAGAUGCUUGUGAGAUCUUGCCUUUACUGCAAAGGUUUUUGUCAUGCAGUCUCUGUUUCAGAAAAAAUAAGUGAACAGAGGGUGGUUCACAAAGCAUUACUCAAGUUUUUCUUUAAUUUAGUGAAUGCUGAAGUACAGGCUUUAACAAGAAGAUUAUGUGAAGGGGCUAAUUCACAGCUUCUGCAAGUUAUGCCACAGACAGUUCUUCUGAAGACCUUUUGGUUGGGAAGUGAAACCUCUCUGCUUUUUACCAAACAGAUAAAUAUUCUGGUAGAUUGGGUCAUACAUUCCUAUAGAGAAAAGUUCAAAACAAAUGAUGUCUUCAAAGAUGAAGUAGCUAUGCUGCUAACUGGAAUUCUUGGAACUGUAGUAGAAUAUUGGAUUCUUUCAGGCUUCAUGAUGGACAGAAACGUGUUGCAUCAAGUGGCAGAUGACCUGGCAAAUUACAUUGCCAUUUCAUGUGAUGACUUUUCAACACAGGAAUUAAAAAUGUUCAUUUGUUCCAUACCAUCUCUCUGGCUUCAAAUGUUUGUUGCAGAGGCAGUCUUUAAAAAUUUAUGUUUACGGAGGAACAUUACUAUUUCUGCCAAACCUCUUUCUCUUCACAAAAUAGUUUGUUCCUAUUUGCCUGCUUUAGGAGAAGUAGGUAUGCAUGAGACUGGGAAAGUGCAGAAAGUGAAGAAAAAGAAAAUAGGGCAGUGGCUUUGCCCUGAGUCUCAAAGGGCAUUACUGAUGCUAAAUGGUGAUAAGCAGAACCAAGCCAAACUGCUGCCUGAUCUACCUGAACUGAUCUUCAAUAAAUUCCCUCCAUUAUCAAAGAAGUUAAGGAUGAAAGCAGAAGUUGAGGUGUCAAACACCAAAGAGAAUCGCCACCCUUUGGAUGAAGAGAUGCACUUUUAUAAGACUAAUAUUAAAGGAGAGACAGCCCUGCAUAUAGCUUGCAUAAGAAACAAAGUGGAGAGACUGAUUCAGCUUCUCCCUUUUCCUGGAACAGACAUUAAUGUUAAAGACUAUGCUGGCUGGACGCCUUUGCAUGAAGCCUGUAACCAUGGUAGCACAGUGUGUGUCCGUGAAAUUUUGCAGCGUUGUCCAGAGGUAGACCUGCUCAGUCAAGUGGACGGGGUGACUCCUUUGCAUGAUGCACUGUCAAACGGACAUGUAGAAAUUGGCAAACUGCUACUUCAGCAUGGGGUAUUCAGAUUUUUACAAGGACCACUGCUCCUACAGCAGAGGGACUUUUAUGGGAAAUUGCCACUGGAUUAUGUGGAGUCCCUAGCAGUAAAACAAGAACUUUUGGAUAUUGUCCACCCAGAAGAGACUGUCAAGGACUUCUAUGAACGUGUGGAAAAAGAUUUCCACAGCCAGCAAAGAGAACUUUGGUUAAUUUUAUUUAAUAAGUUGUUGCUAAAUUUUUGUUCAGUUUAUAACUUAUCUUCACCCUCUCCUUUACCUUUUAAAGAAGUAGCCCACUUAAAUUCACUUCCAUUAGUAGCUAUUAAUGGCUGUAAAUUGAAAAGUGGGUCUCUUACUGAUUGGUUAGUAGAUCUUUAUGUUGGAGAGCUACAGACUUUCCAGAAACUUCCAGAGUUUAUUCAGGAAAUAUCUGAGAACCUAAAAAAAUCUUUUGGAGAACAGGUACAUCCCUUACUGGCAACACUAGAAACUAUGGCAAUGGCAACUCAGCCAUCUACUUUUCAUCUUUCUAACCAUUAAGAUCAGUUCCAUUGGUUCAGUUGUGAUAGUUUAUCAUGGACACUGGCGAGAUUCAUUCUUGUGGAUACAGGAGUACACAUGGCACAUCCUACGCCAGGCUGGCCUAGUGCUACCUAAGAAAUAUUCCUUUUGAUCCCUUCUGGCAUUUUAAAGCGCUGAGCCAAGGCUUCCAUAGUCCCACUGAAGGAAGCUGCAGUGUGGAAAUACUGAAUAAAUGCACCUCCUGGCCACUACCCCUCUGUGGCCAAUGCCAUCAACUUUUCAGGCUGAACUGAAUGCCUGUGGCUCUCUCAGCAGAGCAGAGUUCACUUGCACCAUAUCAACCCCUCUUUUUUUCCCCUUCUAGCACAUUUUCUGUUAUGAGGAACUUUGUGCCAGAAUUCUUGCUGGUUUCAAGGACGUUGACCCUAAAAUUUGUCUGAUUUAGACACUACAGUUAGUUACUUUUUUCCAGGGUGUACAGUUAUGCCUGCAGUUCUCAUGUGACUAACUUUUUGAAUAGUUGUCAAAUAAAUUAAAAAAAAAAAUGGAAAAACUACUACUACAAUUAUCCAUUUUUCUUAUAUCAUCAUCCUGGAAAAUGCAUAUCUUUAAAAUACAUUUAAAAAUUUAGCUCAAAAGUUAGUUUUUAAAAUUUUGUGUAUUUACAGUACCAGUUUACGGUACUUCCCAUAUUGUCCUUACUGAUUUUGUAUCAAAGGAUAUUGACAACGUUUUUCAUGCAAAUGAGCCAUUAAACUUUCUACUAGCUUUCUGUAGUAUUGUGGUGCUCACUCAUUCAUACCUGUAUAAUGAUCAGCUUGACUCAGAUCCUCAGCUACAUUAGAACUGUGGUUGGCAGAGCUGAAUCAGGAAGGGUUAAAAGGAACCAAGCUUCCUUUAUGCUUUCCAGAUUCCUAAGGCUGCUGUGGCCCAGUUUGGCCUCCAACAUAAGUUACACAACCUUGGGGCUUCUCCAAACUAUGCUGGCUUGUAAUAGCCCUAUGUAAGUCUGUAUCACUGGCAGGGAUUGCCAAAGCAUGAAAUGCUGUGAUGACAUCCUCAAGCCUGUGGUGGUACUUGUACAGAACUGACAUUUUAGUAGCUGGGGGUCUCACCCUGUCAAGAUAUGGCAGUUUUAAGAUAACUCCAUGCUGCUUAUUUGAAGUUGGGGUGCCAGCCUCCUUAAAAAUUGCAGCCCCAUUAAUAUUAGGAUUUUGUCCGCAGUACUAAGAAUAUAUGAAUACUAGACAAGAUAAAUCCUCUAAACUGAUAAACUAAUCCUCUAUCCUAAUUUAGGAUUGUGUGCUUAUAAAGUAUUAUAUUGGUUGUGUUUAGUAAUUAAUUAUACAGAAGGGGCAAAUCCUGCCCCCUCCUCCAAAUGUACAAAGACUGGUGAUUCUGAUUCAUAAGAGGAAGGGCUGAAGGAGGACAGAAUUUGGGGAAUCCAUACUGUGCUGCCCUGCACAAAGGAAUUGAGAAUGGGAUGGCAAUGGGGGAUCUGCCAAGAUAUGGAUACUCUUCACGCCCAACUCGAUUUAGGCUGGGGUCUGGGGAAAGAAUUUGCCCCAUAAAGGAAAAUGCAAAGAAAUGCUGCUUUAUAAUAAGGAUACCUACUGAAAUAGUAGGACAAAUUAUAAUUCAUUAAAAGAUUAAGAAUAAUCUAAAAUCUUAACUGUCAGAAGGAAUGGGCUGAUUAGUAAUGUUUCAAUUUGCAGUUCUUUUCUAAUAGCAAUGUAUAGUGUUAAAGAAACUAAAAGAAAAGGGGAUAAUAGCCAUUUCUGGAAUUGGUGUUGCUUGACUAGAGGGAAUAAGUUACAUUGAUACAGCUGGCUGAGGCACAUUAAAACUUCCAUUUAGCUUUCAUGCAAUGGAGACGUGAACUCAGCAAUAAAUCCACUGAUGAUGCUCAGGCUGGUUUGGUCUUGGAACCAGAUAUUUAUUACAAAUGUUCAGUGGUUAUUAAUGACUGAUUAUUUUUAUUAGGCAUGUAUAUUGAGCAAACUGUUCUAGUGAGGAUAAGGAGUCCUCUUGGGUUAGAUUUGUUUGUUUUGAGCAUUUUGACUUUUCUACACUCUGAUACUUUACAAUAAAAUAAAACUUUGUUGUAGAUGAAAUGUGAUAGCAAUUGUAAUUUCAGUGUAUGCUGUAGUAAACAGGCAUAGUGAAAGUGUUCUUAUGUACAGAUGUUGCAAAGAAUGCAAAAUAUGCCCUUAAUUGGUCACAUUAGAUUUUUUUUUUUUUAAAUCAUGAAUUUGAGACUCAGUUACAUCAUCACGCCAUAGCAAGCCACAGCAAAAGGAUAGUGGUAAUACUCGUAAGGUGUUGGUUCAGACUUCAGAAUAAAAAAAAUCUUAGAUACAGAGAUGAAAGCCUUCAUGGCUUUUCCUUGACCUGAUGGAGAUAAUUUCUUACUUGCGUCCUUAAACUUACAUUUAGUCCAAUAUAUUUCCUACCACAGCUACUUGCUAUUUUGUCAUUUAGUCAGGGCAACAAAGAAUAGUACAACUACCAAUUCUAAGACCUGUUUAUAUAUAAAAUUUAUUUGUGUGUCUGUAUAGCAUAUCUGUAGAACUACCAUGAUUGGUGCUCUCCUGCAAAGCUAAACAUGGAUAGGAGAGUCUGGGCUGUGCCUGUAAGACAGUGGGUCUUAUGGUGGCUUUAAGCCAUCUUUGCACCACCUGGACCUUGAGCUGCUCCGCUGCACCCUGCAUAAUUUAGACAGCCCUGGUGGCCCUGUCAGAAUUAUGGCAGCCUGUCCUUAGCUGCCUAAGGGCACAGCACAGCCCUGCCUGAAAUCUCUGUAAUGCUACAAAGUGCAGCCCCUCCUGCAGCAUGCCAAGACUGGUCCUCUGAAAGCAACCUUAUGACACUUUUCUCCAGUUCUUGCACCACAGGAAUCUUCUCCCAGCCAGAGUUUGGAGAUAAGAAUGAUUCCAUACCCCAGUGGCUGGGCACUAACCUGAACAUAAGAACGGCCAUACUCGGUGAGACCAAUGGUCCACAUAGCCCAGUAUCCUGUCUUCUGACAGUGGGCAGUGCCAGAUGCUUCAAAGAGAAUGAAAAGAAUACGGAAAUUAUCAAGUGAUCCAUCCUCUGUUGUCCACUCCCAGCGUCUGGCAGUCAGAUGUUUAGGCACACCCAGAGCAUGAGAUUGCAUCCCUGAUCAUCUUGGCUAAUAGCCGUUGAUGGACAUAUCCUCCAUGACUUCAUCUAAAUCUUUUCUGAACCCGGUUAUACUUUUGGCCUUCAACAUCCUGUGGCAACAAGCUCCACAAGUUGACUGUACGUUGUGUGAAAAAGUAUUUCCUCAUGUUUGUUUUAAACCUGCUGCCUAUUAAUUUUAUUGGGUGACUCUGGUUCUUGUGUUAUGUAAAGAGGCAAAUUACACUUCUCUGUUUACUUUCUCCGCACCAUUCAUAAUUUUAUAGACCCUUAGACAUCUUCCCCCCCCCCCCCCCAAAAUGAACAGUCCCAGUCUUUUUAAUCUCUCCAUUUGGAAGCUGUUCCAUGCCCCAACCACUUUUGUUGCCCUUCUCUGUACCCCUUCCAAUUCUAAUAUGUUGUUUUUGGGAUGGGGUGACCAAAACUGCACACUCAAGGUGUGGGCGUACCAUGGAUUUCUAUAGUGGCAUUAUGAUAUUUUCUAUUUUAUUAUUGGUUCCUAGCAUUCUUUUAGCUUUUUUUGUCGCUGCAUGUUGAGCAGAUGUUUUCAGAGAACUGUUUACAAUGUCUGCAAGAUCUUUCUUGAGUGGCAAGAUCUAAUUCAGACUCCAUUAUUUUGUAUGGAUAGUUGGGAUUAUGUUUUCCAAUGUGCAUUACUUUGCAUUUAUCAACAUUGAAUUUCAUCUGUUAUUUUGUUGCCUAGUUUUUGUGAGAGCCCUUUGUAACUCUGGCUUAAAGUCCUUGGUCCAAUGAUUAUUCAAUUAGUUAUACAAAGUGAAACAGCCUCAUCAGGAGAAACUGCAAGAAUCCAAUCCACCAGCUAUUGCUAUCCAGUAGCCUAGCUAGCAGUCAGGGCACUCAUCAGAGAGUGCCCCAGAGUGAGAACCUGGAUCUCUCACAUCCCACUACUACUAUAUUUCUAGUAAAUUAAUAGGAAAAUCUACAUUUUUGUCUGAAAGCAAAACUUUUACGUGAAUUAAUAAUUGCAGUAAAAUGAGACCUAAGUUGAUGAAAAGUAAAUUUGUUUGAUUUUUUCAUCUCCAGUACUGAGGAGAUUCUUCAUUUCCUCCUGAAGUUUUGAAGAAGCUGUUUCCUUGCAGACCCUUCUUUCUCCACUGGAAAAGUACCCCUUGUCAUGAUACCUUGGUAGGCUGCCCUGUUGUCCCGUUUCUAGGUCUCCCUGAGUACACCCCACAUAGGUAUCAGAAAUCAUCUCUUUACCUUUUCUGGGAUGGAAUUCCACAAUUCACCCACUCUCAGACCAGGUUCUGGGUUACAGCCCCCUGGAUAUCAAGUGUGACAAAUUCAGCAGAUUUAACUGGGGUUGGACCCUGCAAAGGUUCUCUCUUUCAGAGUCUGUGACAGCAUGCAUUUGCAGUGAGAUAGAAACAGCUUCUUCAAAACAAAGCCUGAUUUAUUUUGCCCAAGAGGUACUCGGCACUUAGAGAAGUGGAUUUAAAAUAACAGUGACCUUAUCUAAGUGUAACCUCUCUAUCCAUAGCUCAGGCCAGUCUGUCUUAUUCUCCCUUGUAAAUUGGGAGAAACCGCCUACUUUCUUGUAAUCUUCUCCCUCUGUCAUCCUCAGGGUACCAGUCAGUGAGUUUAAUAUUUAAUACCAGUUAAUUGUUUGUUUUUGUAAAGUGCUGUGCAAACCCAUCAUGCUGUUUAAAGAAUAUAUUUUGUUGGAAAUUUACAAUUCCUUGUCUUCAAUAUUGAAAAUUGCUGUGUCAAAAAUUGAAUUUGAACUGUAGGCCUUUGCUGACCUAAAUGCUUGCUUUUAAGGUUUCUCUUGAACUUGAUGUUGUUGAAUGUACUGGAACAUAAUGGCAUAUAAUAUUUAACAUAAUAUUUAAUUUGGGAUGAUAUAGUGUUGUAAUAUUUCUGCUUAAUAUCACGGUGUUUUGAAAACAGGCUCAAUAAAUAGGCUAACUUGAACACAAA